CAAUAAAACCUAAAUCUACCCUAUUUUGAGUAAAAUAAACGGUCGAACCGAGCCUCUCACCUGCUCUCAAACAACAAUAGGAUACUUAAUUUUUCGUUCUGUCGAAAACCACAAAUAAAUAUUGCAAGAACAGAUAAAUUGAGGUUUCUAUCAGGCAGAGACAUCGGUAUCCCGAAAACCGAGUGCUCAGCCAGGGCGGUUGGGGAAAAAAAAAGUAAAAUCCUCAACAGGAAAAGAUACUAAAAAAGCUUGCAAACGAAAGAUAAAAGAAAACGGAAGAGGAUAGUCUGGGAGGAUCAGUGAGCGUGGAGGAAGAACGCUCACAUCGGAGAUCAUGGAGAACCGUCAGGAUCGCUAUGUGAGAUCGGAGACACCGCCGACUCCGCCGUCACCUCCAAAUUUAUCAGGUUCGUCGAUGAGUUGGGAUCAUUCGAGUAAGAACAGGGGUGGAGGAGGGAGAAUGACGAGUCCACGUCAUUCCAUUUCCCCAGGAAAUGUUGUGCUGGAGCAUAAAAACAAUGGCCGUAGUUCAAAGAACGAAAGAUCAUCGCAGGAAAGGCGGCGUAGAAGAAGAAGCAACGAUUCAAGGUCGCCUCUGGCAGCAGGAUCUUCAAACAGCCGCACCUCUCACAGAAAAUCGAGAUCGGGCGAUCGUGACAACGAUCGAGAAAGCAAAACUUCAAGCAGAUCUCAUAAGCACUCGAGACGCGAUCGGUCAAGGUCGAGGUCACGAGGUCGUUCACGUUCCAGAGAGCGAAGGAGGAGUCGUAGUAGAAACAGAAGUCGCGACAGGCACAGGUUUCGUGACAAUAAUUCCCGUCGACACGCUCGGGGCACUUCGUACACAUCAGACCAACCGGAUGAUCCAAACAGUGAUAUUGCCCUCCACCAACAAUGGCUACGGCAGCAACAAUUGCAGCAGCAACAGCAGCAACAACAACGCGCUAUUCAAGCUGCUGCUCAAUCAAACGCUUUCAAAAACGAUGGCAGUUUCAUGGAAAUGUUCAAAAAAAUGCAAGAACAAAUGCAACCGCCACCGGCUGAACCAACACGAAUUGUUUUAGAAGAAAAACCUGUUGUUCCACCACCUCUCAUGGUUGGGAAAAGGCGAGGUGGUAGAAUUCUCAAAACUGGCAUGGUUGCCAAAGCAAAAACUGAGCAAACCGUCGAUCAACCCAAAGAUGCUUGGUCUUUGUACAUGGCUGAAGUGAAAAAAUAUCGCGAAGUUUGUUGCCAAGAAGAGGACAACACCAGGCCGCUUGUCAAAUAAAUAUCCAAUUCCCUAUACCCGCUCUAACCUCGUUGAAAAUAUCCCUUUUCCCCAUUUUCUUGAGAUAUUGAAAUUCACACCGUUGGAACGCAGCGACAAAUCUUUUUUUUAAGAUUUCAAAUUCUUUUCUCAUCGAGUCCCAAUUGUGUUUCCAAAUUAAAUUUCGUUCUUCGAAUCAGAUGUGAGGCAUAUAUUUGUUGCCCUGAACUGUGAAUAAAUUUUGAGUAUCAGGGAAAAAAGUUUUCUCUCUGCGUUACAAUCAACACAAUUCAAUAUUUCUUUUUCUUCCCACAAAACUCUAAUCCGAUUCGCUGCUCCUUAAACUUAUUGCACAGAGGCAGAAGAGUUCUAUCCGUCUUAUUGCACAGAUUUCGAAUGUGAUUAAACAAAUUUUCAAAAGACACGAAAUAAUUGUCACUUCCGUUAAAAACUUUGCUCGCAUUUUUUUCAUUCAUUUAUCAAAACUAAUUUUUCACUGAAAAUCGACUGUUUUUCAAAACUUUUCAAAUUCCUUUGAAUCAGUUCAAACACAUUCGCUUUCUGGAUCGAAAGAUCGAUAGAACUCGAAUUUUUUUUUUUCACGAUCUCUUACAAUUAUUCGUGCUUCGAGAUGUCAAAUGUAAUAAUGCAAAUUUAAGAUACUUUAAAAAAGCUCGAUUUGAGCAGAUACAGACCAUGUUCAGAGACGAUCGACAAAGAUAAAGCGAAAGAGAGAGCCAGAAAAUAAUGAAAAAAAAAAUUAAAAACAAGACAGAAAAAGAGAUUUGUGUAGGAGACUCGAGAAAAUUAAAGGGAGAGGGAGAAAGACUACGGAGAGGACAGAACUUUUGUCCGGUGUUUCGUGAUAAAAGUGGUCCAUAAACGGACAAAAGCGAGAAAGUAGGAUUUUAUUUGGCAUCCAAUUGAAGAUAAAAGGAUAAUUUAAAUAAAACAUAAAGCGAGUAAACGAGAGGCUUCAUCGUUUGAUCCGUUGAUUCAGAAAACUUUCCAUUGAUAUAAAUAAAUAUAUAAAUAUAAGAUUCCUAAUUUUAA